UAUCUUCUAUACUAGCACUUCAUUAAAACGAAGCAAUGCUGUCACAAACUUGGCACAUAUCACUUUUAUAAAAACAUUUUUUUUUUUACAUGAUCUUGUUUGGUUAGGUGAGUUGUAGUAUAGUAGAUGAGGUGUCCCUGUGGCUCAGUUGGUAGAGCAUGGUGUUUGUAACGCCAGGGUUGUGGGUUCGAUUCCCACGGGGGGCCAGUACAAAAGAAAAAAUGAGAUGUAUGCCCAUGUUCACUACUGUAAGUCGCUCUGGAUAAGACUAAAUGACUAAAAAUGUAAAAGGUGUAUAUUGCUAUGUAAAUGCUUGGCCAUCCACAGUCUGUAGCCAUGGAAACUACGACUCAAUUCGCCACGUCGCCUCUAGUGGGCUUUUGCUCCGCUGCUAGUUAAAGUUUUUACUUGUCUUUUUUGUUGUUGAUAAUUAGCCAUCACCAGUAUGUUAACAAACCAUUUUAUGCGUUUGGAAUAUUAGUGCGUCGUAUUAUUAUCUCUAGAUAGCCUGUACAAGCUAUCGUCCGGUAUUUUAAAGCGGUAAUGUACCCUACAGCCAUCCCGAAGUUGGUAGACUUGACGCUGGGCUGCUCGGGUUACACCGGUAUACAGUUAGGCCAAGGCGGCUAUGGACCAGGACGACUGACCGGGGUCAAGCCGAUACAUGUUCAUACAUCAAGGAGAAAAUUCCCUCAGAACGACUCCAGGGACCGAAAGGAUUCCAACUGGAAUGUAGAAGGGUCUACUUCCUCCUUCCUGGGCAGAGAGGUGUCUCCUUUGUCCCGGCUGGGCUCCUCAGAUAACUACCCAGAGAGAGACGUCUGUGGGAGUCACUUCCUGUUUGAUAAGACAUGGAAGAAUGACAACAGGAUGUAUCCCAAGUAUGAUUUCAGAGAUGAGCGUCGUCCCAUGAAGCCUAACGCCUCCAUCCCUCCCCUGCCCAGAGACUACCAGAUCCACCGGUCGGGCCACCGCCACCACUAUACCCUCCACAAGGAGCUUUCCCAUGCCCCUGCUCGCCCCCGUGCCUUUGGCUCUUAUGAAGCCUAUGACCUGACAUCAGUUCCUGCCAUCCUGCUGCCAGCUGCAUCCUCGCUCAAUGGGAGAAACCCCUUCUCCUCAGAAGGCUACAAGAACAGACCAAGAGUAAAUAACAGAACCUGCAGUCUUUUCACAAUAGGAGCUAAUCAGAAAUCCCAGUCGUACCCAGACCCGGUAAGCGGAGCCCCGUCAGCCACAAUCAUCCAGAGACUGUCUGAGAUCGCUUCUCUGGAGGGAGAAACGGUCAGGCGGGAGAAGAUGAAGAAGAUUAGGAAGAACAGGAGGCAGGACUCCUGAUGCAACCUGUCUAUCAGCCAAUGAAGAGAGCAGAGGUCACAGUUAAAAGCUGUGACCCCAUACGCAGUGCCAAUGCCACCUGAACAAAUAAAACAUUUUGGGAAAAUA